AUGGAACAAAAUAAAAUAGCUACAGCAUUAUCUUUAUUAAGAAAAUUACCUCCUUCAAAAAUACAUUAUAACACAAAUGCUUUAUCUAAUCUAAUGCCUGAUGAAGCGGAUGAAUUAUUAUAAAAAGUUGAUAAACCAUUAGAAAUUGGUGUAUGUAGCUAAACAAAUUUAUAAUAUAUUAAAAGUGAAUUUAAUAGAGAUGGAGAUAGCUUUAGAUCACCUCAUUCAAAUUAAUAUGACCCCCCUAUUGAUGAUGCAGUUUAUCCUUCAAACGAUGUAAGAUAGCUUGAAGAAAAGGCAAAUACAUUAUUUUAGGAAUAUAUGAAAUUAUAUUAUUAAGGAGGAAUAUGUAAUAUUUAUUUUUGGGAUAAGGAAAAUGGAGGAUUCGCAUGCGCAUUUUUAAUGAAAAAAGAGGUGGAAUUAGCAAAAGGUAUUAAAAAAGGAACAUGGGAUUCAAUAAAUGUUGUAGAUGUAAAAGUAGACGAAUAAAAUAAAAAAAAAAUAACUUAUAAAUGUACAGGAUCUGUUGUUUUAGAAAUGAUAUUAAAUGAUGAUGGUGCAGGAGAUGUUAAUAUUUCAGGUUCUUUAACAAAAUCAAAAGAAGAUGUUAGAUUAUAUGAUGGUAAUAUCGAUAUUAAUAGUUUUCAUUUAGAAAAUAUUGGUAGAAUUGUGGAAGAUUUAGAAAGUGUAUUAAGAACACAUUUAGAUACUAUUUAUGUCGGAAAAACAAAGGAGAAUAUUUUUACUACCAGAUCUUAAGAGGGAUAUAUUUAAAUGGAAUAAACUAAAAAAAAUUUAGCAAUCAAUAUUAUAGACAGGGCUAAUAAUUAAAAAAAUUGAUA